AUGAUGGGUUCCAAACCAACGGACAUUCCGUUGCGAUAAUUUGCUCUAGAGUUUCAGUCCCUCGAUCUAGAAUUUAACGCUUGGAUCAUCAUCUACCUCAGAUCAGUUCACAUUUCUUGGCUACCACUGUAACAGGAAGGUCGUUCUGUAAUUUCAAACAGAAAUAUUGGCAGGUUCAUUUGCGCCAAGUCCUUAGUCAAACUCGAAGCGGGAUUGCAAUCGAAAUUUGAAGCUUACACGGCUAAAGACGAUGGCGCCACCGGCAACUACACGGUGGCGCGCAAUCGUAUCAAUGAUUGUCAUGUUGCUGUUGAUCAUACCGUCGGUGGCCAUCUACUGCGACGAAGACGAUUGCUACGAUCUCCUCGGAGUAUCGCAGAGUGCAACCCAAUCGGAGAUCAAGAAAGCUUACUACAAACUGUCAUUGAAAUUCCAUCCAGACAAGAACCCGGAUCCGGAAUCAAAGAAGCAAUUUGUUAAGGUUGCCAAUGCUUAUGAGAUUUUGAAAGAUGAAUCCACGAGAGGACAAUAUGAUUACGCAAUCGCUCAUCCGGAAGAGGUAUUUUACAACGCAGCUCGGUACUAUCAUGCAUAUUAUGGUCAUAAGACGGAUACUCGUGCUGUGCUGGUUGGCCUUCUCUUGAUUUUAUCUGCAUUUCAAUAUCUGAAUCAGUGGACAAGAUAUCAUCAGGCUGUUGACAUGGUCAAGAAAACCCCUGCUUACAAAAAUAGAUUACGGGCUCUUGAAUUUGAACGAAGUGGAGGAGCAACAAACAAGAAGAAAGGUCACAAGCAGUUGGAUAAAAAAGUGGACGAAGAUCUUGACAAAGAACUGGAAUUGCAAAUAACAGGUGCUGAGAAGCCAUCUGUAUGGGAACUACUUGGCGUUCGUCUUAUUCUUCUACCUUACACUAUUGGCAAGUUAUUAUUGUGGUCUAGUUGUUGGUUUUGGAGAUACAAUAUAAAACAAGUUACUUACUCUUGGGAAGAUGCCUCUUACCUGACGCAAAGUUCACUUAGAGUCCCUAUGAAGGCUUGGAAAAACAUCGAUGAAUCAACAAAAGAAGACCUUAUUCGGCGAUGUCUAUGGAAGAAGCACAAUAUGGAGAACUACCAGUCUGAAAUUCGAAAGGAGUCGAAACGCCGGAGAUAGGCUGAUGAAAUUCAACCACCAUGUUACAAUGUUAGAGAAGCUACUGCAAUCAAUUAUUGCCUCAAAGAUGAAACUGUUUAUACCAGUUGAGCCCCCUCCAUUGUGACUGUCGUUGAAAGAUGCCACAAUUUUGACCCCUGCUUUACACGAGAUACAUGUUGGAGGCUCAGCUGUAGAAUGAAUAAUGGGAAGAUGGUGAUAUUCCCAGAUAUUUUGAUAUUGGAUUUGAAUUAUGAUAGGACAUUGUGCUUAAUAAAGUUUGUGGGUCUAGUAGAGUCGGCUAGUUGCGAUGGUGGGGUGGGUAUGGCCCAACACUUUUCGGUCAAGUGGAACGCUCAAUUUGUCCGCCGCCCCCAAUCUUGCUGAUUGCCGACUUCCUCAACUAAUUCACAAUAUUCAUUCAUUUUAUUUUAUUUUAUUUUAUUUAUAGUAACAAAAACUCUUUCUUCCAUCAUCUGGAGGGUAAAUUUGUAAUUUUACCAAUAAUUUUGCAAUAUUCAAAGUAGGGGGAAGAAGAAUAUAUUCCAAUCCACGCAAAGACGCGUAACGCCUAGAAUUUUCUUAAAUAAAGG